AUGCCACGGGUUAGUGAUAAGGUCGAGCUCUGCGACUUGGACUCUGCAGCUGUGAUGGGCGACUCGCGAUGCAGCUUAUCUCCGUUGGAGCUGUCGCACGACUACGACAAGCUGCGGUUCAUCCACGAUGACUACAUUGAAGGCGGUGCGCUUCGAAGUGGGGGACCACUCGAGCUUUUCUCCUCGCAGUACAUCGGGCUGGUCGCACAAUAUGCCGCGGUUGGAUUCGUUGAUGGUGUACUGCCCAACAUCAUCUAUCCCUUCUUGCAGAACUAUCUUAAUAUCCCCGGGUCGCAAACCACGACGGCGAGCGUGAUGGUCCAACUACCCUGGAGUUUCAAAGUCGUCUACGGCAUUGUGUCGGACUGUUUUCCACUUUGGGGCUACCGUCGUCGGCCUUACAUGGUCAUGGGCUGGGUGAUCGCGAUAGCCAUGCUCUUGGUCAUGGUGCUCACGCCUGUUAAAAGUCCCUAUUUCACCGACGCGCAGUAUCGAGACGUAAAGCCGGAAAACUAUACAACCAAGAUCAUCGAAACGAUCAACUACGAUGCAGCCACCCAGGGAAGCAUGUACAUUGUGCCAAUGAUGGGGUGCGUCUUUGGUUACCUGAUGGCCGAUGUGUGUGCAGACGGCAUUGUGGUGGAGCUGGCGCAGCGCGAACCGCUCGAGAUCCGAGGAAAGACUCAAACUGUGAUUUACACAACGCGAUAUGCAUUUAACAUCCUCGGUCUGAUCCUGGUCGCGUUCUGCUUUAAUGGUGAAGAAUAUGGUGGUGACUUUGACUUUUCGCUGUCCUUCUCGAUGCUCAUGUUGAUCGUGGCGAUCGCUCUCGUGCCAAUGGUUCCGAUCACAUGGUUUUGCAUUUACGAGGAAAAAUGUUGGAACCACCACAAGAGCUUCACACACUAUAUGCACGAGCUGUGGGAUAUCGUGCAGACUCGAGCUGUGUACCAGUAUAUCGCCUAUCAAACGUUUUCGGGCAUUUUUGCAACAUUCACAUGGGUAUCGAGCUAUCCUAUCCAGACGAACUGGGUGAACAUAUCACCUCUUGCGGAGAAGAUUGCUGGCUACUUUACUACAGCCGUCUUUGCCGUCUCUGUUUGGUUUGCUGGUAAUUACGGUCGUGAUUGGGACUGGCGUCGUACCACGUUCGUGACCAUGGUCACGAACCUCGCGCUGGAUGCCGUGGUAAAGCUGUUGACAAUCUGGGACAUUACUCGUUCGCCUUGGCUCUGGCUCGGCAUCCCCAUUGUUCAGCAAAUUCCUCAAGGAAUCAUUUACAUUGUGAGCUCUUUCAUCAUCGUGGAGUUGUCUACAGAAGGACAUGAAGGUGCAAUGUACGGUCUGCUCACGACGGUCUACAAUCUCUGUACCCCUUUUUCCGCGGCUAUCACGCGAAACGUUGAUGGUCAGUUUGACUUGUCAACGGAGCGGAUCCAAAAUGACAGCCACGACAUACGAUACGACGUGACUAUCACAGUGUUGAUCAUGUGGAUGGUCAACUUAUUAUCGCUGUCCUUCCUGCCAAUGCUUCCUCGGCAAAAGGAGCAAACGCACGUCAUGAAACGUCUUGGUGGCUCUAGCUUCACUAUGGGUAUUAUUACGGUCGUGUAUCUAGUGCUGGCGCUCACUUGGUCCGUCCUGACCAACAUCUUGAGCACCUACGAUUCUACCGCGUGUCUAGCUAUUGCUGGUGGUGAUGGCUGCGAGAACUAG